GCUAAAUGUACUCGUCUAUUAGCAAAGGUGCGCACAUUUUGAUUCCAAGUAGUUGUUUUUGCUUUUACGUGAGUAAACUGCUUUUCUCGUUAAUGGAAGGUGUCAAAUCGGUUUUUUCUGCAUUUAUGCCGCCACUGCAGUGUUGGAUUUCUUUCUGGUCACUACAGUUUGCCCUUACUCUUGUGUUACCGUGAUUUUAAUCUUUUUCUCAGUAGCUUCAAAUUACAUCAGAAUGUUACUCCCAAAUCCCAAACUAUUCAGAAUUUUUUUGAAUAUCGAAUUUUCGUUUUAGAAUACGUUUCAAUUUAUCAUUUGGGUUAAAAUAAUUUUCCCUCAUUUUAUGUAGUUUCCAAUUUAGGAACCAUUAUUCUCUCUUUUGAUGAAGUAUUCUGCUCUUGCCAGUGAUACCUCCAAGAUGCUUAAGUGUCUUAAAUAAUACUUAUAGGAUUGAAUAAAAAUCUCAGCUCUUCGUUAUAUAAUGUAGGCAUAAUUAUAUUUGUGUUACACUAAACCUCAUUAAGUGUUUCACAUGCUCUUGGGAAUAUCGAGUUAUUUGUCAAGUACCCUGGUGAGUGAAACCGAGAGCGGUCUAACCAAGAGAUGCCCAUUAUUCUACCACUGACUUCCGCGCUAUUAUCGUGAUCGAUCGUUAUAGAUGUUGGAUGGCAUAACUGAGAAUCAGUCGUGAUAGCUCAAAUGUAUGAGACUGGAGACUAUUUUAUGCUUUAAGUACUGUGGAAAUUCUCCAUAUUUUCUUGAGUCAUAUCCUCUGUUUUUUCUUGCUGUUACUGGUUUCUGUACUAUUCUACUCGUUUUUAUAGUUUUAUCUCUGUACUAAUGUGUUUUGGAAAUUUGGGCCAAUGUAUAUUUAUACUAGGUUUUGCAUUGCUUGUUACUUACUGCCUUGAAAUCGAGGUUUCUACAAAUUAUCAUACCUUUAGGUCACUUCUGAUUGUCAUCGAUUGACCUUUCUCAUUGGGCCGCUUAUUGGCCCUUCAUAUCAAUAUCACUCUUCAUUGGUAUGUGCUUUCACACUAUUUAGUAUUUACUUAUCACCCAUCCUUGCUUGUUUUAGUAUCUUAUCCUGAUGGUUCUCCUAGUUAUGGGAAACAGGUUUAAGGUUUGAAUAGUCAUCUAGUUGUCUUUGUAGCUCCUGAAAGUUCCUGUAUGGCUUACAAUUAGGAGUUUCGGUGAGACUUAUAUAUUGAUUGUUUUAAUUAUUUAUGUAAACAAAUAACAUUGUUACAUUAUACUAUUUUAGCGUAUAACUAGCAUGAAAUCUCUUGAAGAUUAUUUUUGAAGACUAUGUUGUGUGUUCACCGAGAAAGUUCAGCUCCAACUCUGCCUAUUCAACAGUUCUAUAUUGGAAGUGAUGAUACUUACGGUAUUGCUGAUGCGAUACAUAAUUCCAUCAUUCCGCCUGUUAAUCAAACAAAACAUAUCAGCAUAUCGUCUAAUGAACCUGUAAAAUCUAUUUCAAUUGAUUACUGCAAACAAAAACCCAUUUUGUACUCACAACCGGUUGUAGCUGAUUUACACUUACAACCAUCAUGUGUUCGAGAAAUAGUUAAUUUUCCUGGUGAGACAUCAGCUCAAUUAUCUACAAAUUUUGAUCCCCAAUUUAACCAACCAUCAAGAACCACUGAUAGUCCUGUUGAAAAUCUUAAACCACCUAGUGAGCCAACUAGAAAUAUUCAAUCUGACAUCGCAGAUAAAGAAGGAUAUGAAAUAAAUGAAGAUUUCUUACGCGAACCAGCUCCAAAUGGUGGUUGGGGUUGGCUUGUUGCACUAGGGAGCUUUCUAUGCAUUUUCGCUGUGGAUGGUGUGUGCUUCACUUUUGGUCUACACAUUAAUGAAAUGAUUCACGAAGGACAAUUCAGAAUAAAUCCAUCUGACCCGAAUGAAUCACAAAGAAAGCCAUCUUUAGCUUUGUUAAGCUUGCCCGGAGCACUACUGUGUGGGAUGUAUUUUUUAUUCGGUCCGUUUACAAGUGCUCUAGUAAAUCGUUUUGGGUAUCGUAUAGUUGCAUCAGUUGGUGCAGUCAUUACCUCAUUAUGCUUUCUAAUAAGUGCUUUAUUCAUUUAUGAUUUGGUUACAUUUAUCGUUGUAUUCGGUAUAAUUGGUGGAAUCGGUUGUAGUCUAGUUUAUUUACCGGCAAUUACAGUUAUCGGACACUGGUUUGAAGAACAUCGGGCUUUCAUUGUUGGCAUUGUCAUGUGUGGUGGAUGUUUGGGUGCCGGUUUAAUGGCUAUUAUUACACCUUAUUUAGCAGUUCAUUUUUCAUGGCGUGGUAGUCUCAUUCUCAUUAGUGGAUUGUUUAGUCAAACAUUAGUUGGUAUAGCGUUAUUUCGUCCUGUGAGUGUACAUGAAAGAAUAAGAGCUGUUAGAUUAUUAAAACAAAUGGCGAAGAAACAAAUCAAACAAAAAAAGUACAAAUUUAAUUCUUUACUAUCUAGUCGUAAGCCAAAACAUCAUCCCGCAAGAAAAAUUACAAUUCAACGAGGUUCUAUUAUGGCUCGUAUAAUUGAAGAAAAAUCACGUCAACGAACUACAUCUACUGGUAGUUUAGAUGGAAUGGUAAUAACACGUGAAAAUGAACUUGUAGCUCUAUCAUCUGAUGCAUAUGAAGUGGUUAAAGCUGCUGCUGUCAUUUACAGUGCUAAUACUAAUAAUACUGUAUUAAUGAAUACGAAACAAAAAGAACAGGUAGGAAUACAAAAUAAAUGUGAAGAAAAUCCAUUAUCAUCAUCCUUUGAAUCAACAUCUUAUGAACAAUUAAAGCCUAGUAAUAGUAUGAAUGCAAAAAGUAAUAGUUUAAGAUAUUCUUUAGAUAAUAAUCGUAAAAAUUUGCAAACACUAACUGAAGGAUUUCCUAUGUCAUCAUUUGAUCAAACAACAGAGAAAUUUCAAACAAACUCACAACCUCCUUGUAUCGCAGUACUUCCUCCGCCCGUGCAAUUCAGCCGUGCUGCUGUACGACGUAUAGCACAUGCAAUCUUACAAAAAUUACACGGACAAAGUAGACUGCCGUUUUCACCGUCAAUUACUUCCAUAUCAACUGGUUCAAGACAAGUUAUACCAUCAUCUUUUCGAUUUAGUGGUGAUAAUCGUAUUGAUUCAUGUGCAAAUUUCAGUACACCAUAUACAAAUAGUUCACGAAAUGUUCUUUAUGACCGAGUCAACCAAGUUUAUCGAUAUGAUCUAUGCCACGGAUCUGUAGCUACAAAUAUAUGGAGGCAAAAAAGAAGUUUAUUUGCCUCCUCUUUGUAUAGUGAAUUGGCUUCAAACAUUAGAGAUUCAGUAGCUUCAACUGCUCUUGUACGCCAUUUAUCAACGGCAGUGAGCCGUCCUAUCUCUGCACAAGAAUCGCAUAUUCGAUUGAAAUUACCAACACCUGAUUCACCUUCAGGGCUAACAUCUUUAAUCAGUUUAGAUUCUUAUACAGGACAUAUUAUAUCACGUGAAUUGAAUAGUCUUCUGUUAGAUCAAUCUACAAAACUAGCUAUACUGAAUGAUAUACGUCGUGAGUUAAGUCGUCCAAAAUAUCGUCCAGAUUUUUUCUACUCUGGUAAUAAACGUAAACUUCCCUUGUAUCAUGUGCCUGAAUAUACAACAUGUAAACAAUUAUCAUGUGAUGCAAAUUAUACUUUAAAAGAAUUGACAAUUCAAUCACAUAAUCCUAUUGUAAAUCAAUGUCCGAAUCUAUUUGAAGGUAUUAUUCCUGUAGAGAAUAUCAUCUUAACUCGGAAUAAAUCACUUAUAUCUGAUAAUCAAAAGUCUGACAUAAUUAUUCAUUCAUUAAAACAAAAUAAGAGUAUUUUUAAUCUUCAAAAAUUUAUUACUUCACCAAGAACCAGUGAAUUAUUCUCCUAUCUUGCAGAUAUGUUAGAUAAUCAAAUACUUAAAAGUUUUACAUUUAUUAUUCUUUCAAUUGCCUGUUUUGUAAAUAUGUUGGUUUUUUUAGUUCCAUUUCACUACCUUCCACUUUUAUUGGAUUACGGUGGUCUUGAGUGUUAUUUUAAUUCAUUUUGGUGUCCGAAUGGAUUGACCGAUGAGAUUAAAUAUAAUCGAACAUCUAAUCAGUACGAUCAAUCAGCUGUUAAAUAUAUCAACGCUUUAAAGAGAAACUAUGCAUUUUCUAGUUCAGAAUCCCUUUUUUUAACGAUCGGUUGUGCUAGUAUUCUUGGUCGUUUAUUUGCAGGUAAAUCACAUACGUUUUUGAUUGUAGAUAUAUUUGAUUGUUUUAAACACGCUGACAAAUUCAUUUAGGGAUAAGCACGAAUAAUAUUAAAAUAUGAAACGUCUAAGUUGCAUAAUAGCAGGGGUCGUUUAAUUCCAUAUACCUUAGGAGUUUCAUUUACCAUAGUAGAUCUGACGCUUAUAAUAUCGUAAUAUAUUUACAAAGUUUAUUUGAUUUAUACCAUCAGUGACUCAGGAAAGAUAUCCAUCAAGUUUCUUCUCAUCUUCUUCAAAACGUUAGAUGCAUAUUAUUUUCCCCGUAACUAUUUGUUCCUCAUUAAUCUGUUUUUAUUUUUUUAGUUCGUUCAUAUAAACGUACUAUUCGUGUCUGUGUACUAUUUCAUGAUAACUGAAGAUUCUUCCUUAUUUGUUAUCUGUAUAUCUUUUAUCAAAUGGAUCUAUUUUUAUUGAUAAUCAACUGCUCUAUGAUGUUUUUUUCAUACUUAUAAGUAUCUUUUUUCUGUCGUAAGUAUAUUUUGUUUACAUUGGUUUGAGAUGAAGUAUGCGUAAAUUAUCGUACACAAGCUUUCAAAAUAUGCAUUUUUACUAAUCAAUACUCAGGGGACGAUUUUCUGUACAACAUCAUUACUGUUUAUUACAAUUUAGUUUUCUUUUCCUGUUUUUCCAUACUGAGCUAUACUUCAAGCGUAAAAUUGAGUUUAGUUUCAAGAUAUGGAUAAGUCUACUAUAAUUUUUCCUAAGCAUAAAGCAUAAAUUACUUUCAACAUUUAGUGUAGUGUAUUGAAGGAAAGAUAACUUGUUAGUAUAUUGCAAACAUGCGUUCUGGUAAACUUUUGUAAGCUGCAAUUAAACAUAGAGAUGUUUCAUUAUUAUUGACAUAAAAAAUGGUCUGUGAAUUAAAAAUUCAAACUGAUUUCUUUACCUAAAACUCAUUUAUUCUCUGAAUACACCUGACAAUUAAUAAUUGUAACUAAGUACUAGGCUAAUCCAUUUCACUUUCCUAUGUUCGCUACCAAGAUUAGUGUUAACCUUUACAUUGUAUAUUCUUUGAAAAUGUUUUGUAGCUGUCGUCAAAUAGAUGGCUAUUAUUUGAAUAUAUUGGUUAUAAUAUAAUAUCCUAUCAUUUUCGUAAAAUAUCUUGUAAGCAUUUAUGAUGGUCGAGCAAUAAAUAAACUGAACUGAUUGACCUAGAUAAAUACUCACGAGAACUCUGUUUAAUAUCAAACGAUAGAAAUUACUGUGUUACUGGUUUAAAUGGUUAUAUUGAUAAAAAAUCCGUAUUAUAUGAUCUCAAAUUAUUUUUCGAGUAAUGAAGUAAUCCAGACUGUUAUUUAAUGACAUUGGACAGUGAGCAUCCAGUGUCGUGAGUCAACUCAGAUCGGAAAAUGCGGAGCAUUGAAUUCUUACCUAGUGGUUAUUUAACUUCAUGAUCUCAGCUGAACCUGACGGUUCUGUAUUACAUCUGGUGUUAUGUAGUCAGUCGAUACUGCUAAGGAGUUCCAAAUAACAAUUGAAUACGUUUUGGUCUUCAAUAGUUCUGCAGUUGAUCUUAGCCUGUAUCAGAAACCCUCAAAUUAUUCAAAUCUCUAUAAUUGAAGGUUAGUGGCUUGAUAAAAUUAAAGACAAACAAAUAAUUAAUAAGACCUUAUUACUUAAUAUGACAUCAUUAUAGGUACUUUCAUAUUGUUAUCCAACGAAUAAAGUUUUAGGGAAUGCGAGAGGUGAUCUCUUUCGUAAUUGAUUUAUUUCAGUUGAAUAUAUUUCAAUCUUAAUUACUUUUGGCAUAUGAUUUGUAAUGUGAAUGUUUUGGUAGAUUAAUAACUAUUUUAUAUCUUUCUGUAUACAGGAUUGUAUAUUGAAAAGGGUUUGAAUACAAAUCGAAAAUUUUUGUGUCGGUUUCCUCUAAUGGUAGAUCCUAUGCUCUUGAAUAAUGUCGCUUUAAUCGUUUGUGGACUUUCAGUUAUCUCAUUCCCAUUAGCAAUUCAUGGUAUUCUGUUGACAAAAAAUUCGGACCAGUCUUCGUCUCAACGCCUUCUACAAGCAUGGUCUUUAAAGUUUCGGCGUCAUUUAUUAUAUCUCGGUAGUAUAGUAUAUGGUUUAACUAAUACUAUAUCAAUUUCUUUACGAAGUGUUAUUCUCGUUGAAUUAUUUGGUCUUCGUCGUUUGACAAAUGCAUUUGGAUAUUUACUUAUUUUCCAAGGCCUUGGCGUAAUUUGUGGACCUCCAUUAUUCGGCCUUUUUUCGGAUCAAGCUUGUCGUGGAUGUUUAGAUAAUCCUCCAUUUUGUGAAUCUAUUCCAAUACAAUUUACAUCAACUGGUCAUAAAGAAUGUACAAUGCGUUUAAUAUUAUCUUUUUAUAUUUGUGCAGGAUUACUCAUUUUGUCAAGUAUCUUAUUUAUGCCACUUCGUUGGUUAGCCCAACAUGAUCCAUAUCGUAAUGCAUAUUUGUUACAGUCAUCAAUAAUUAUUUCAGGUAAUCCGCCUCAAUUAGAUGAAGAUAUUUCAUUUUCACAUGGAUUAGGUCAAAGUGAAGUAUAUGAUCCUCAAGAAACACAGACUACGCAUGUACUGGUGAGAUUUAUAUUGUGGAUACUUUGAAGUGUUGUCUAUCUCCACCAAUAAAUACAGUCUUUCAUUGUCUUCCUAUGAGUUAUUAUUGUUUAAUUUUAAAACUAUUAGGUGAAUCCGCUGCAAACGAAAUUCACUCAAAAUUGUUUUCUUUGGGAAAUAUUAUUAUAUUAUAUUAGUCUUUAGUUAUUCAAGUGGUGAAUGCCAUUUAUUUUCCAGUCACAUGAAAUUAGGUAUGAAGUAAAACUUUAAGUGAGAAGGGGGUUUUAUGGACAUUUUAUUAAUUUUAUAUGGUUGAAAUCGUGAGUCAAUUGAAG